AAUUUAGAACAGGAACCGUCUACGCUCAUUUCCCAAGGUAUACUUUUGGGGAGGGCAGAUGAUCGGCGGGGGCAUUUUCAGGCGCUUCCUGGAGAAGUUGCAAGAACCCCGCCGCGAAGCGGGGAUGCCGGGGGGCUGAGGGACCUGCGGAGGAUCGUGCCGGGGUGCCCGCAGGCUGAGCAGCGGCACCAGGCAACCGAAACGCGCCUUUCCCGGAGGGCGGGAGGGCGGGAAGCGAGGCAGUUUCGGGAAGCCGCGUCCCCCUCCCCUCUCCGCCCCCCGCCCGAGCCCGGACAGCGGCGGGGGCGGCCUCGGGGAGCCGGCCCGGGGGAGGAGCGGAGCGGCGCGGAGCGGAGCGGAGCCGCACGGCGCGGCCGCUCCGCCAGCCCGGCCGGCUCUGCGGGGAGGCGGCUGCCCCAGCGGGGCCGCCCCCGCGCCGCCGGGAAGAUGGAUGGGCACGUCCUGGGAUGGAUCGUCCUCCUGUGGAUCGCAGCUGAGGUGGAAGGGUUGCAGGUCACUGUGCCUGAGAAGAAGAAGGUGGCCAUGUUAUUUCAGCCUGCUCUGCUUCGCUGCCAUUUCUCUACUUCUUCCACCCAACCAGCCGUGGUACAGUGGAGGUACAAAUCCUACUGCCAGGACCGGAUGGGAGAAGCUCUGGGUAUGGUGACUUCUGGUUUGCAAACAAUGAGCAAGAGGAACCUGGACUGGGAUCCCUACCUGGACUGUGUGGACAGCAGGAGGACAGUCCGUGUCGUGGCCUCCAAGCAGGGAUCUGCCAUCACCAUAGGAGACUUCUAUAAGGAAAGAGACGUCAGCAUUGUCCAUGAUGCAGACCUGCAAAUCGGGAAGCUGAUGUGGGGAGACAGUGGCCUCUAUUACUGCCUUAUUAUCACACCAGAUGAUGUGGAGGGGAAGAAUGAAGAAUCAGUGGAGCUGCUUGUGCUUGAGUGGGUCUUUGUGGGCCUGGUGAUCCUGGGGGCGUUCCUGUUCUUCCUCCUGGUGGGGAUCUGCUGGUGCCAGUGCUGCCCGCACAGCUGCUGCUGUUACGUCCGCUGCCCCUGCUGUCCUGAGUCCUGCUGCUGUCCCCGGGCACUGUAUAUAGCAGGCAAAGCAGCAAAAGCUGGGUACCCUCCUGCAGUCUCUGCCAUGCCAGGUCCAUACUACAUCCCCAGUGUUCCCGUAGCUGGUGUCCCAUCUCCUGCUGUGCUGAUGGAUAAGUCACACCCCCCUCCCUUAGCCCCAAGUGAGGCCAGUGGAGGAAGCCAAAAUGCAGUGCGCAAAGGGUACAGGAUCCAGACUGACAAGGACAGGGACUCCAUGAAGGUGCUGUACUAUGUCGAGAAAGAACUGGCGCAGUUUGACCCGGCUAGGAGGAUGCGAGAACGAUAUAACAACACAGUGUCUGAGCUGAGCUCGCUGCACGAGGAGGACCUGAACUUCCGCCAGCCCUACCGGCAGUCACGGAGGAAACCUCUGCCCCCCGCGGGGGACGUGGACGGCGACGCCGAGUACUGGGCCGGCGUGGUGGGCGGCGGCAGCACCUCCAGGUCCCAGGCUGUGUCCGACUACAAGGACGAGCGGGACAGCUACUGGCACAGCCAGCAGAGAUCCAAGUCAGAGAUGCUGUCCCGUAAGAGUUUCUCCGUGGGAGUGCCGGCCGUGUCCAUGGACGAGCUGGCGGCCUUUGCCGAGUCCUACAGCCAGCGGCCGCGGCGGGCGGACAGCCAGGAGAUGCGGCGCUUCGAGCGCUCCGAGUCGCACGGCGGGCGCGGCGGGGGGCUGCCCCACCAGGACAGCUCCAUGGAGGAAUACUACACCAAGCGCUGCAGGGGCAACCGGGAGCCGCUGACGGACUCGGAUCGGGGCUGGUCCUACAGCCCGCCCCGGAGACGGGCCCACGAGGAGAAGCACCUUCCCAGGCUGGUGAGCCGGACGCCCGGAGGGAGCCAGAAAUACGAUCACUCCUACCUCAGCAGCGUCCUGGACAGGAAAUCCCGGAGCUAUGACGAGAGCGGUGACCAUUGUGCCACCCCCUCGAAGCUGAGCUCGCAGCCCAGCCAGAGAGGAGGGAGCACGUACUACGCCUGGUCACCGCCCUCCACCUACAAAGCCGAGAAGUCGCAGCCGCCGCCGCAGCAGUCGUCGUCCCCCGAGCAGGACGAGGAGGAGGAGGACAGCCUGCCCCCCUACAGCGAGAGGGAGCUGAGCCGAGGCCCUUCCUACAGGGCCAGGGAACAGGCCUACCUCAAUGCCUCUGACAAGAAGAGGAAAAAGGACCCCAAGAAAACAAAUGAUUUCCCAACAAGGAUGUCCCUUGUGGUUUGAAGUUGUUGUGGACCUGUCAUGUUGAUGGGCUGGAUAUCAUGAGGUGACUGCAGUGGAGAAGAUGCAGAGCAACAAGCAAGACAUGCCUCUGUGAACCUUUGCAGCCAUCAGCCAUGGACUGGUUCAAUUUUUUGUUUCAUCUGGGGGAGCUGAGGCUUUUGUAAGAGACAGACUCCCAUGGACAGCACUCGAUCCCAGAGGCUCUGGGAGUCUGCCAGGAAAAUGAGGCUAGGGCUCUCUUUGGCACCCUGUUUUCCAGUGCCCUCCAUUCUGCUCUGGAUGGCAGCCACGUCCCUACUGCCUCUGCAGUCCUCCCUGCAGCCCUGAACUCCACGUGAGGCUGCCUUUGUGCCUCUUGCCCUGUCCCAUGUGCAGAGGGAGGUGUGUGUACCUCUUGCUCUGUUUCCCUCCUCAGUUCUCUGGAUCAAAAUUGUCUCCACACUUAAAGCCUUUUCUGUAUCACCCCUGUGCUGGGAGGAGGCCUUACAACUGCAGACUGCCUCCAGCUGAUCAGGCCCUAAAUCACAAAAGAAAAUCCACAUCCUUUCAGACACUGUAAGAAAAUGACUGAUGAGAUGUUACCUUGAUAAGGGCUGAAUGGGGAAAGAGACAAUUAUGAGCUGGUUUGUUCAAUAUAUUUAGUUCUGUUCGUUGUGUGAUGAGAGUUGCAGGUGAGAUUGAUGUAUUGUUCUGGAAGUGGGUCAAAGUAGCUUUUAUUGUGAUGAGAGCAUGAUUUGUUUUCCCCCUGCCCCCAGCUGUGUUCUGUUUUGAUGCUGUUGCAUUUCCUAGCAGCUCAGCUGUGAGCCUGUAGAGCUUCAAGUUGGAAUACCUACUCCACUGUUUUAAAAGCAGUGCUCUAGCCUUCCUAGUGCUCUGCUUCCAGCACCACCAGGCACUUCUGCCACUCUAGUGAGUGGCCUUUUUGUUCCAAGGAAGCAAAAAGGGGACAGUCAAUGAGAGGGCAGCUGCAGACCUUCAUCCUGUGCCCUGGUAUCACUCCCUUCUGGGAAUAGUUUCCCUGAAGAAACUACUACUGAAGAGACCAGUAACAGCAGUGGGAAAAGAACAAGCACUGUGGAUGGAUACAAGCUUUGAAAGUCACCCUUUUCACUUAAAACCAUUCCAUUCACUUUGGUUGGGAUGUGGUUUUAGUGGCUGUUGUCUCAGGAAUAGCUUUAUUUAGAAGUGAGUGCUUCACACCAUUUGGAAGCCUGACAUUCUGGUUUUUAUAGGGUAUUAUGCAGCCAUUUAUUUAGCUGCUAAAAUCAUCAUGUGAGGGAAGAUGAUGGGAACAUUUUAAGGUCCAGUAUCUUGAUCCCUAUUACACCUAGAAACAACUUAGUGCCCUGUUGUGUUACAGACAUUAUCAGCCUCUGAAAUGACAUCUUUGCUGUUCCUGUGGGAAUUUGGGAAGCUAGCUGGCCUCAGAUGCUCAUACUGGCAGUACUGUUUGGAACACAAGGUAUAUUAGCAUCACUGCAGCUCUCCAUAAAAAUGAUAGAUUAAUUUCUGUGUUACUCUUCUGCCAGACAGUUUAUCCACCAGGAAUGGUCAGGGGAGAGGAAGAAUAAUCUCCAUAGAUUUGAUGACAGUUUUCAUGUGAGAAGGUGAGUUGAUGAAAGGAUGACGUUCUUCUCCCACACUCCUAGCGAUGACUGUAGUUUUGGAAAUCCCAGUCCUGGUCUUCCUGGCCAGAGAGAGAUUAGCUAGCAGGAACAUACAGUUGUGGAAUUGUAGAAUUGUUUGUGCAGGAGGUAACCUUUCAAGAUUUCAAGAUUUAAAGUUUCAAUCCUCUGCUAUGGGAAGGGACAUCUUCCACAUAUAAGGUUGCUCAAAGCCCCAUCCAACUAGACCUUCAACAAUUUCAGGGAUGGGACAUUCACAGCUUCUCUGGACAACCUCUUCCAGUGUCUCACCACCCUCAGAGUAAAGAAUUUCUUCCUUGUUUCUAAUCUAAAAUUACUUGAAAAUCAAUGCCCUGGUAAAAAGUCCAUCUCCAGCUUUUUAGUAGGUCACUUCAGGCACUGGAAGGCUCUAUGGUCUCCUCAGAGCCUCCUCUUCUCCAGGCUUAACAGCCCCAGUUCUCCCAGCCUGUCUUUAUAGAAGUAUUCCAGCCCCUUUGACCAUUUUUGUCUCCCUCCUCUGGACCUGCUCUAACAGGUCCAUGUCUUCAUGUGGGUGGCCCCAGAGCUGAACACAGUACUCUGUGUGGGGUCUCAAGAGAAUGGAGCAGAGGGAAAUUCCACUCCUUGGCCUGCUGGUCACUCACCUGAUGCAGCCCAGGAUAUGGUUGGCUUUCUGGUCUGCAAGAGCACAUGGCUGGCUCAUGUCCAAUCUAUAAAAUCAUAGAAUUGUAGAAUGGUUUGGAAGAGACCUUAAAGAUCAUCUCGUUCCCCAAAUCCUUCUCAGGGGUCCCAGUCCAUUCUUCCCCCAGUGUGUACCAAUACCAGGGGUUGCCCUGACUCAGGUGUAGCCCCCCACACUUGGCUGUGUUGAACUUCAUGAGGUUCUCAUGGGCUUGCUCCUCAAGCCUGUCCCAGGGUCACUCUGGAUGGCAUCCCUGGCAUCAUUCAGCUUGCUGCCACCCACAGACUGCUGAGAGGGCACUCAGUCUGUGCCAUUAAUGAAAGUUGAAUAGUGUCAGCCUUGGUGCAGACCCUUGAGGGAGCCACUUGUUACAGCUGUCCUUCUGGACACUGAGCCAUUGACUGAUGCACUGGAUGUGGCCAUCCAGCCAAUUCCCUGUGCAUUCAUCAAACCCAUCUCUCUCCAGUUUAGAAACUAAAUGUUGUGUGGGACUUUGUCAAAGGCCAGAAGUCAAGGUGCAUGAUAUCAGAUGGAUUUUCCUUAUCCAUCAGUGCAGUCACUCUGUCAUAGAAAGUCUCCAAGUAAGCAGGUGUGAUUGGGCCUUGGUGAAGCCAUGCCAGAUGUCUCAAAUCACUUCUCUCCCAUCCAUAUGCCCUGCUUCCAGGAGGAUAUUUCAGGGCACAGAGGUGAGGCUGAUUGGUCAAGAGUUCCCAGGGCCCUGUUCUUCUAUCCCUUUAAAACAGGUCUGAUGUUUCCCUUUUACCAGCACUGGGGACCUGACUGCCUGAGUGUCACGACUUUUCAAACAGGGAGAGCAAGUUAGCAACUGCAUUUACUAUCUGUAUUAUGGCUGGAGAGAUUUAACAUUUUAAGGAUUUUCAUCUUUUUUUUACCAUUAAUUGUGUGUUCUUAGGAAAAUCACAGCACAGUUAGCAAGAGGUGGGCAGGUGCGUGCCAUCUGAGGUCUCUCAGGCCUUGGGAAGUCUACAGAGCUACACUGCAUGCUGGUUUAAAUCAAACAUUCAUUCUUGACAUGAGGAUUCUAGUAAGUUGAUGUUUUGUUAGCCUGAAAACCUUGGCAACCCCUGUGCCAUGAAUUUCAAAGCAGCUUAGCCUGCUAUCGUUUCCAUCAGACCCAGGAAACAGUUGACACAGAAAUUUGGAAGUGCAUCUGACUGUCCCAGAAAGGGGCCAAACCAGUGGUUUUACAAUCUCUGAAUACCUCUAUAUUUUAAAUCAUACUGAAACCCUGAGCAUUACAAUCUUCUCAUUUCAGUAAUGUUCUGUCCCUUAUCUCAGUCACUGUAGUUUAUUUGAUCAAGCCCUCAGGAAUGAGCUGUGUGUAUUAAAAAUACAAGUCUUCAUUUAUUUGAGUCCGUUUUGUUUGUUCAGUGCUGGUACUUUAGGGCAUCUGUACACUGUGUGUAUGAAGUUGCCAUUCGUGUAUCUAGCUUUUAAAUGAGUAGUUGCAAGCUAAUUCUUUUAAGAAAACUGUUUUAAUUGUACAAACAACUGUUUGUGAGAAUUUAGAGACAUCUCUUGAAUCCAAGUACCUGGAAAAGUACUGAAGAUUUUAUGACUAGUGAUUCUGUGGGUUUUACUGGAUAGAAAAGUUUCAGCUGCAGAAAAAAAAAAAGGAAGUCUUAAUUCCCUGAAGUCAGAUCUGAGUAGCAGUAACCUUGCUCUACAAUUUUGGAUUUGGAAUUUUCAGUUACUGAUCAUGUCUGUCCUCAGGCCACCUUCAUUUUUCCCAUUAGAAAUGUGUCUGCAGCAAAUGGACCAAAUCAAGAAGUGAGGGGUGACUUAGAGUAUCUGCACAACCCUAAUGACCUGUGACUCCUGCAGCAGGGGAGCAGGGGGCCAGAGACUGACAGACAGCUCAUGUUUCAGCAGAGGAGUAAUGGUUUGUGUCUGUGCCAUCUUUCAGAACACCUGCAGAAUGCUGGUGCUGGGAAAUAAUGAGCCUGGUUAAUAUGGGGUCUUAAAUUAUACGUUUUCCAGUGAUGAAUUUUUAUUGCUGGCAUAAAAUUAAAAUCCUUUUCUUACUGGAUACGGAUGUCUGGGUCAUGUCAAGGACAUGGAGAGUUUUGUGGUCUUAAAAUGACAGCAUCACAACAGUGAUUUGCUAGGAAAACAGAUAGUGAGAGAGAAUCCUGUAAAAAUUUAAAAGAGCCCCUAGGCAAAAGCAGGAUCGAGCAUUAGCAGUAGAUUUGGCUGUACUGUCAAAGAAAAGUGAUCUUGGCUACUGGAGAAAAAAGGUUUUGACAUAAUGGAACGGGAAAAUAAAUAUCAAUGGUAAUGACUUUUCAUCAA